GGGCAGGGGAAGGAGGCUCGGCUUACAGGUUUUAACUGGGGUUGUAUUGAUGGGGUAACCAGGGAAACGUUGGGGUUUUAUCGAUAGUAACUACGGCAGUGUUACAUCUUCGCCCACCAUACAUUUUAUAGCCAGGUCAGGUGUUAUGAUAACAACAGAAGGAGGAUGUGGAAUCAUUAGCCACUAAUGAUCAGGAGGCGCCCCCCAGAACACUGUUUUGGUGGCUGUUUUGUUUGCGUUCUCUUCACCUGAUCAAAAAACAUGUAUUUUCACUUGUAAAAACGUUGAUACAGUGAUGAUGCACACAGCUAUUGCUAAGAUUUUAAUUUUAAAUAAAGAAGCUUUUGAAAGGUACACACACAAAAAAAGCCUCAAAACGAUAUUUUAAACAAAAAGCUCGGCCUAGCUUUAAAAGGAAAUGGGCAUUGCAAAUGGAAAAAAUAACAUCCCUUUCUCAACUACUUGUGACCUGCGGUGAUCAGAAAACAGAAGAGUGUCAGAUGAGAGUUUAGGGAUGAGUGAAGUGGACAGCAGGAGAGGGCCAGGCAUGGAGGUGCCUGGUGAGAAACGCUGGCUUCGGAACCACCUGCUGUCCCUCAAGACGCUAAGUUUGGUGGUGUUGUCAGUACAAACAUCCACCAUGGUGUUGCUUUUGCGAUACAGUCGCACUACUUCCACACACCAGCCCUACAUCAUCACCACAGCUGUCCUCAUGUCUGAACUGCUUAAACUUGCCCUCUCUUUGUGCUUCUUACAUCUGGACUCAGGUAAAAUCAUGAGAGUGACUCUGAAGCGUUUGUAUGAAGAUGUGCUGCUAAAUGCAUGGGAGACACUUAAGCUGGCCAUCCCAGCCUUCCUGUAUGUGGUGCAGAACAACCUGCUGUUCAUUGCCCUCUCCAAUCUUGAUGCAGCUACUUACCAGGUGACUUACCAGCUCAAGAUCCUUACCACAGCAAUUUUUUCUUGGGUAAUGCUUGGGAAGCGCCUUGCUCCCAUCCACUGGCUGUCCCUUUGUCUGCUGAUGUUGGGGGUCUCUCUUGUCCAGGUUGAUGGAGGAAAUGCCAACAGAAGCACCUCAAAGAUAUUACCUGAAGUGGAGGCCAUGGAGGGAGCUGAUCCCAGUUUGUUGGGUGGAGCUGAAGGAGGGGAAGCUGGUGAAGGAGGAGGGGAAGUACACCCUCCUGAUGCUCACAAUGCAGCUCACCCAAACACUGAGGUGCGGCGUCUCUUGGGCAUCCUGGCAGUGUUUGUGUCCUGCAUCUCCAGCGGGUUCUCUGGAGUGUACUUUGAGCGCCUUGUCAAGAAAGGGAAGCAGACGUCCCUCAUCAUCAGAAAUAUCCAGCUGGGGGUGUUUUCCAUUGCAUUUGCUGUGAUGGCUGUGAGUGGUGACAGCAGAGCAAUCAGGGAGAAUGGCUUCUUUCAGGGCUACUCUCUUGCUACCUGGCUGGUGGUGCUAAUACAGGCUUUUGGUGGACUGAUGGUAUCAGUUACAAUGAAGUAUGCUGACAACAUCCUGAAGGGCUUUGCCACCUCCCUAUCCAUUGUGAUGUCCAGCUUGGUAUCCUGGCUGGCACUGGGGGAUGCUGCACCUACCAUACAGUUUGUCAUUGGCGCCUCAAUUGUGAUAUCCUCGACUUUCCUGUAUGGUGUAACACCACAGAGGGAGAGCGAGAUAAGAGAGAGCACUCACCAUGCACCCUCUGCCAGCCCACAUAAGGUAAGGACAAGACUGUUGGCCUUGCACUCCUGCAGGACCACACACACACACACACACUCACAUACAAGAAGACAGGAUGACUAACGUUCCACUCCAAAGAAGAUUGCCAAGGAAAAAAAACUUACGUGAGAUAGUUUGAAUGGAGCAGCAGGAGUGACCAGAAUGGGGAGAUGUUUCCCUUCACCACAAGCCCUGUCAGGUGCUGUAUCCUGUGGCCUAACAUCCCCUUUUUUGGGGGUUGUACUUCACCUGUCAGUCUUGCUGGAUACUGUCUCCCUCACGUGAGUCCUGCUCAGGAUUGUGCCCUACAGCUGUGAAUCCUAGUCAGUGUUCUUUCCUGCACCCAUGAAUCCUGUUUAAUACUUCUGCAGCUACACUUUGCAGAUAGUGUCAGCUGUGGGUUCCAGCAGCUGCUAGCCCAGCUGAGUAUUCUGGGCUAAAUAUGUGAUAAGGACAUAGAAUCCCCUCAUAUGGUUUUAUUGGUUUGAUAAACACAUAUGAAAGACCUCUUUCAAUGUUUUCUCUUGAUUUUAACAAUGUUGUGUUCUGAUAUGGUACGGUCUCACACACACACACACACACACACACACACACACACACACACACACACACACACACACACACACACACACACACACACACACACACACACACACACACACACACACACACACACACACACACACACACACACAUGGGAUCUGGUUGUGGCUUAUGACUGUAUCAAGAUAUACUUUUGCCAAAUAUAUACAAUUCUUAUUGUACAUCCUAGGGAUGUGUUUACAGAGGUUUGAAGGAUGGACACUGGUAAAUACCAAAAUUUGUGUGCACUCAGGUGAAAUAUUAAAAAGUUUGCCGCAUGAUGGAUGUGGGAAGGGGAAAAGUAGAAUCUGUAUUAUUGUGAUGUGCUGGACUUGUAGUAGCACUACACAAUUGUUUUUAGAUUACAAUUGAUUUUAAUAUAAUAUUUUAGAUAUUUAAUGGUCUUAUAAUUAUAAAGUAUACCCAUACACCAUGUAUAGGUUUAUGUCCAUCAUCUUGAGGGCAAGUUCCAUUAGUAGAUAGAAUGAAAGUCCUUUGUGUUGAAGUGUUUGCCUUGUUGUCACACAGAGUCUGCAACAUCUUAUUCUGCUUUAUUGGUUACUGUGAAUGCUUUGAAAUUUGGUCACAAGUUCAAGAAACUCAUAAUCUUUAAUUGUAUAAUUUGGUGUGAAGUAUGUCACAGACCACUGUUAGUAUGUGUUUUUUACAUGUGUCACAUUGUAUGAUUAGUAUUCCUAUACGAUUUCCGACACCUGUAACCUAGAAUUCUGGCAGUGUAGCUUUCUUUGUUAAGUUAUAUUUAAGACUAUGAUCAGUUAACUUUCAUAUAAUGAAGUAUAAAAACUUUUGUUCAAACAUGCAGUGCCACAGUGGUGUGCAGUGUGUUUGUGGAGGCUGUCCACCUGUGUGUAUCAUUGUUCCUUGUAUGUAUAAAGUGACUCAUAAUUUUCAGUUUUUGUUCUUAGGAUGCAAAUUUUGCCUCAGACACACACACACACACACACACACACACACACACACACACACACACACACACACACACACACACACACACACACACACACACACACACACACACACACACACACACA